ACAACUCCCUAGUUUCGUUGAGGAGCUGGUUUCUGGUGUGUCGUGUACGAGAUUAGUAACAAAAGUUCGUAAUUCUUAAUUUGUUUGUUGUAGAUUGUUGUUAUUACUAGUAUACGUUGUUGUGUAUUUUUGUAAACAAAGAAAUGCCGAAGUCAAAAAGAGAUAAACGAAUUUCCUUGACUCAAACCAAGAAAGGAGGUUUAGAAGCAAAACAAAACUUAGUCACUGAGGUACGGAAUUGCGUCGAGAAAUACGAUCGAAUAUUUGUCUUCAGCGUUUGUAACAUGAGGAAUAGUAAAUUAAAAGAAGUCAGAAAUGCGUGGAAACAUAGCAGAUUUUUCUUCGGCAAGAACAAAGUUAUGGCCCUCGCUUUCGGUCGGUCACCGGAAACUGAAAUAAUGAACGGACUUUAUAAAUUCUCGACGAAACUUGUGAACGAAGUUGGUGUUUUGUUUACAAGUAAAUCUAAAGAAGAUGUUGUCGAUUGGUUUGAUAAAUACAGUGAGCAUGAUUAUGCUCGUACAGGCAACAUAGCAACCAGCACUGUAGAGUUAGAUGAGGGACCUCUUGUACAAUUCUCACACGCCAUUGAACCUCAUCUGAGGAAACUUGGAUUACCUGUUGCAUUAAAAAAAGGUGUUGUUACCAUGUUACAAUCACAUACCGUUUGUAAAGAAAAUGAAAAGCUGACGGCAGAGCAAGCUAAAGUAUUGAAAUUAUUAAAGAUAGUGAUGUCACAGUUCAGCAUCCACUUGCAAUGCAUGUGGGAGAAAGAUAGCGGUGAAUGCUCGGUGUUUGAUGUCAAGGAGAAGGAAGUUAUGUUUAAUAAAGUUCGUGUGACGACGGAUGAUCAGGUGUACGAUUAUGUAGAGUCCGAACAAAAGGAAAACAUGGAAGUUGAAAAUGUUGUGAAACGUGAAAAAACUGUCAGAAGGUCACUAAGGAUAAAAAAUAAAAGUCAUUAAAUUUGAACAACUUUUA